CCCCCCCAAGAAACACUUGCACUAAAAGAAUAAGUAGCGAAGUUAUACCAUACACAGGCCAUGGCUACAUCCUCCAAAUCUAACCCCACAUCCUACUUCACCUUCUUCCUUAUCCUUUUCUUCUCCUAUGCAUCAUGCGCUCUUGGUGAGGUCGUGUGUGAGAAGUUAGACCAGAGCACGUGCGCAUACUCCGUCUCAUCGUCAGGCAUGCGUUGCGUGCUCGAAAAGCACGCGCAGAGAGGAGGGCGUGAGAAGCACGUGUGCCGUGCUUCAGAAAUCGAAGCAAAGAGAUUCAGAGGCUGGAUUGAGAAGGAUGAGUGCGUUGAAGCUUGUGGGCUCGAUCGGACCUCCCUGGGGAUCUCAUCGGAUUCAUUGCUGGAGGCUCGAUUCACAGAGAAGCUAUGCUCUGCUCAGUGUUCAGGAGGGUGUCCUAACAUCCUCCAUCUCUACUUUAAUCUCGCCGCUGCAGAAGGGGUGUUUCUUCCAAAAUUAUGCGAAGCGCGACAAGCAAAUCCUCGACGUGCCAUGGCUGAGAUUCGAAGCUCCGGCUUAGCUCUUGCCCCCGCGGGACCAACUUCCGGUGAAGUGUUUGUUGCAUCUAGCCCUCCAAGUGAACCCCCCAUGUAACGCAUGAUACAAGGAGAUACGUCACACGUGUUUUUAUAGUUAAUUAGCAUGAGUUUUCAUGGUGUAAUAUUAUGGGCCAUGAAGUUGUCAUGACUUUAUGGGACAACUACUAGGUUUCUAGGUAACAUAGACAACUAUAUGCGUGUACCUUGUCUUCGAUGAUGUCGAAUUUUACUAAAAAUAAAUGAAGACUCUGAGGUUGUUA